GCAGAAGGAGGACCGGCAGCAGAGGGAGAGGCGCUUGCUGCCGCCGCUGCCGCCGCCGCACCGGAGCUUCGGAGGCGCUCCUUGCCCAGACGCGCCACGCACAAACACGUGCCGAUCCAGCCACUCUGCGCUCGAGACUCACACUCUGUUCCUCUGAUUGCUGAAUUGUAUUUCACCCACUGAAACCUACAAAUGGGAAUGUCUGCAGAACUUCUCUUAUUUUCAUUAGUGAUUGUCUGCUCUAAAGUCUGGAAGUCAGCUGAGACUAUAAUGCGGAACUAUGGGCCUGUCUUCGAAGACCAGCCACACAAUAUCCUUUUUCCAGAACGGUCAACAGAGGAGCAAAUUUUGUUGGUGUGUCGAGCACGAGCGAGCCCUCCUGCAAAUUAUAGGUGGAAGAUGAAUGGCACAGAGAUCAAAAUAGAGCCAGAUUCCCGAUACAGGUUGAAUGGUGGCAACCUGGUAAUAAGAAAUCCGGUGAAAGCUAAAGAUGCUGGAUCCUACCAGUGCAUAGCAUCCAACUCCAUGGGCACAGUAAUCAGCAGAGAAGCUUAUAUCAGCUUCAGCUUUCUGCAGGAAUUCUCUACGGAAGAACGAGAUCCAGUGAGGGGUACAGAGGGCUUGGGGGUGAUGUUUACCUGCAGCCCACCACCACACUAUCCAGGACUUGAAUAUCGCUGGUUUGUGAAUGAAUUCCCAAACUUUGUUCCAGCAGACAGCAGGCGCUUCGUCUCUCAGACAACUGGAAACCUUUACAUUGCUAAGACUGAGGCCUCUGAUCUUGGCAGCUAUUCCUGUUUUGCUACCGGCCAUAUUGGCUCCAUUAAAAAGAAUGUUUUUAGCAUGUUUUCUCAACUCGUUCUUGUGAAAGAAGAUCCCAGACCAUAUGCCCCAAUCAUUAAGGCCAAGUUUCCUUCUGAUACUUACGCUUUGGCUGGGCAAGUGGUGGCUUUGGAGUGUUUUGCUUUUGGGAACCCUGUCCCACAAAUAAAAUGGCGAAAGGUAGAUGGUAGCCAUUCUUCCAGAUGGAUCUCAACUGAGCCUGUCCUGCAGUUUAAAGAAGUUAGCUUUGAUGAUGAAGGCACUUACGAGUGUGAAGCUGAGAACACCCAAGGAAAAGAUACUUAUAAAGGCCGCAUCAUUAUUCAAGCUCAGCCAGAAUGGCUCAAAGUCAUCACAGAUAGAGAAGCUGACAUUGGAUCAAAUCUCCACUGGAGCUGCGCUGCAGCUGGCAAGCCAAGGCCUACAUUAAGGUGGCUACGGAAUGGGCAACCAUUAACUUCCCAGAAUCGCAUUGAAGUGAACGGUGGGAAUUUGAAGAUUUUAAAGUUAACAGUGGAAGAUUCAGGGAUAUACCAGUGUAUAGGAGAGAACAAACAUGGCAAAAUCUAUGCAAAUGCGGAAUUGUAUGUCCAAGCCUUUGCUCCAGAUUUCCGACUAAACCCUGUCAGACAAUUGAUACCAGCAGCUCGAGGUGGAGAAAUUAUUAUUCAUUGUCAGCCCAGAGCUGCCCCAAAGGCUGUUAUACUUUGGACCAAAGGCACUGAACUUCUGAGAAAUAGUUCCAGCAUAAUUAUUACCCCAGAUGGCACCCUGAUCAUUCGAAAUAUUAGCAAGCCUGAUGAAGGGAAAUACACUUGCUUUGCUGAGAAUUUCAUGGGCAAAGCAAACAGCACAGGAAUUCUGUCAGUCCGUGAUGCUACUAAAAUUACUCUUGCACCAUCCAGUGCUGACAUCAACUUAGGUGAGGACAUUACCCUCCAAUGCCAUGCUUCCCACGACCCAACAAUGGAUCUCACUUUUACCUGGUCCCUGGAUGACUUUUUCAUUGAUUUGAGCAAGUCUGAAGGCCAUUAUAAGCGAGCUAGUACAAAAGAGAAUAUUGGAGAUCUUGUAGUCUUAAAUGCUCAACUGAAACACGCUGGCCGAUACACUUGCACAGCCCAGACAGUGGUGGACAGUGCUUCUGAGUCAGCUAUGCUGGUUGUAAGAGGUCCUCCAGGCCCUCCUGGAGGAGUGGUGGUGAGGGAUAUCAAGGACACCACAGUACAGCUAAGUUGGAGUCAAGGUUCUGCAAACCACAGCCCCAUAGCUAAAUACGUCAUCCAGGCCCGCACUCCACUCUUUCCCCAAUGGAAGCAAAUGCGUACCAAUCCCACAAAUAUUGAAGGUAAUGCAGAGACAGCCCAAGUUAUCAACCUCAUACCAUGGAUGGAUUAUGAAUUCCGUGUCCAGGCUAGCAAUGUCCUUGGAAGUGGAGAGCCCAGUGUGCCAUCUACCAAAACUCGAACCAAAGAAGCUGCCCCUACUGUUGCACCAUCAGGACUCAGUGGAGGAGGAGGAGCACCAGGGGAACUCAUCAUCAAUUGGACACCAAUGCAACGAGAGUACCAAAAUGGAGAUGACUUUGGAUAUAGGCUUUAUUUCCGGAAAGAAGGCACCCAGAUCUGGAAGAUAGCAAAUGUGCCCCAUGCAGAAUCACUACAUUAUGUUUAUCGCAAUGAGAGCAUUGCACCCUAUACACCAUUUGAAGUGAAGAUCAAGGCCUUCAACAGGAAGGGAGAAGGGCCAGAGAGCCUAGUAUCUGUUGUGCAUUCUGCAGAAGAAGAACCAAGAGUGGCUCCCUCUAACAUUACAGUCAAGGCAGUAAUGGCCACAGAAAUUGAUGUUUCCUGGAAUUCUGUGGAACAUCAUGAUAUGAAUGGAGUCCUCUUGGGUUAUGAGAUCCGAUACUGGAAACAUGGUGACAAAGAAGAAGCUGCUGACAGAGUGAGAACAGCUGGUCUUGUCAAUUUGGCACAUGUGACAGACCUCCAUCCCAACACAAAUUAUCAUGUGUCAGUCAGAGCAUACAAUGGGGCAGGGACUGGGCCAGCAAGUUCCCCCACCAGUUUCUGGACAAAAAAGCCACCACCAAAAAUGCUGCCUGGCAACAUUACCUGGACGUUUUCCAGCUCCAGUGUAAGCAUUAAGUGGGAUCCUGUGAUUGCCAAAGCGGAUGAGUCUGUUGUCACUGGCUACAAGAUGCUGUAUCGUCCUGAUACACAUUCAGCUCCUGUUCUAUACAUAGCCAACAAUAAUUGGAUUGAGAUCCCAGUCCGAGAAGAUUCAACUCAUGCUCUGUUGCAAAUUAGGACAACAGGUCCAGGUGGAGAUGGUGAUCCAGCAGAUGUGCACAUUCUGAGAAACGGUGGCACAAGUAUGAUGGUGGAAAAUUCUUCAGGUCACCCAGUACUUCAUACAAUGGUUGCCCUAACACAUGCAUUAAUAAUGCUUGCCCUGACUGGCUCCUCAAAGCUCUGAUGUUAAUCACUAAAAUGGAAAGCUAUUAGAUAAGAUUCUUCAUAAUCUAGCAAGUCAACAGUUCACCACUUGGACUA